UCUUCUGGUACCGACAGGUCUCUGAUUUCUGGGAUCACUGGAUGGAAAUGUCUGGUACAAUCAAACCUGUGACGUCUUUCCUCAUCGAGGACAUCCUGUCCAGUAAGGACUGCAAGAGAGUGGAUGGCAAAUGCAGCACACUAAGGAGGGAAAAAUGUUCCGACUGGAGAGAGGAGUCUGAAAAGUUGUCAACACACCUUUAUCCUGAAGAAUCCGCCUUUGGAAUGCACACAGAGUCUCCGGACUCAUCCCAUCCCAGCUCCUCAGAAUCCAGCUUCUCCUCCGCAGGAAAACAGAAGCGCUCCAGAGCGGCCUUCACCCACCUUCAAGUGCUUGAACUGGAGAAAAAAUUCAGCCACCAGAAAUACCUAUCAGCCCCAGAGAGGGCUCACCUGGCCAGCACCUUAAGACUGACCGAGACCCAGGUCAAGAUCUGGUUUCAGAACAGGCGGUACAAGACGAAGCGAAAGCAGCAGAGUGCAGAGCUGUGCAAGGAUGCAUACAAAGCAGACGGACUGGGCUUGAGAGAGGAUUUGGUCAGAGCAUCUCUAUUAACCUCCUUCUGCAAAGCCUACCAGUACAGACCCUACCUGUGGGACUAUAGUGGAGCCUGGGGGCCAAUGUUGUGGUAGAAAAGUCACAACAGAUGACAAUUAACCAAUGCUGAGGGACUUGAAGUUUCUUCUCUUUAAAGUAAUACACUUUGUACUGCCUGGAUGCUUCUCUUUUCAGAUAGUAAUGUUCUCCAGAGAAUCAAGCUGUGUGUUGCAUGGAUGGUGACCUGAAUCAAACUGUUUGGCAU